AUGGGGGCUGGCAAUAGCACAGUGAUAAGGGAAUUUAUUAUGCUGGGGUUAUCUGGUUUUGGUUCCCUUUGGGGCCCUCUGUUUUGGGGAGUCCUUUGCAUCUACCUGCUUACCUUGUUGGGCAACUCCCUGACCAUCCUCCUCACUCUGGCAGACCCUGCCCUGCACUCCCCCGUGUAUUUCUUCCUUCGCCACUUCUCCCUGGUGGAAAGCCUCUGCCCCACAACUCUCGUGCCUAGGAUGCUGGCUGACCUCCUUGCCUCCUGCCCCACCAUCUCAGCUGCCUGCCGCUUCACCCCGUUGUAUUUCUCUGCCCUCUCUGGCAUCGCUGAAUGCUGUUUGCUUACCGCCAGGGCCUGUGUCCACUACUGCAUCUGUAGGCCGCUGCCUUAUACCACCCUGAUGAACGGGGGGGUGGUGCAUGCGAGUAUGGUGGGGGCCUCCUACCUCAUGGGCCUCUUCACUGGUACCACUCACUCCAUCUUCAUCUUCACUUUGCCCUUCCGUGGUGCUAACACAAUCCACCACUUCCUGUGUGACAUCCUGCCUGUGCUGGGACUGGCUAGUGCCAGCACCUUCUGGGGUGAAGUGGGCAAUCUUGCCGUCAUGGUGGCCUUCACCCCGACCCCCUUCUUCUUACUGAUCAUAGCCUCCUAUGCCUGUAUCCUUGCCACCAUCCUUGGGGUCGCGACAUCCCAGGGGCGUCAAAAAGUCUUCUCUACCUGUUCCUCCCUCCUGUUUGUGGUCAUGCUCUUUUUUGGGACUGGGACUGUUGCCUAUAUGAGACCUUGGGCAGGCUCCUCUCAGGACACGGGCCAGAUCCUUGCCUUCUUCUCUGCAGUUGUUGCUCCCAUGUUCAACCCUUUUGUCUAUACUCUGAGGGACAAGGAGGUCACAGGCGCAAUGAGGCGCCUUGUGAAGAGAUACGUUUGGAGCCCUUGA